UGGUCAUAUACAUAUGGAACUUGACCAAGGUCUAUUUUAAUAGUUAAAACAAAAUAUAUUUUUUUGUUACCGUAUAUUGUUGCAAUGAGAGAAACGUUAUUAUCUACUUGUGAGAAGUCUUUUAUCUUGAAAGCGCUUUCUGAAGGACGGCGCCUGGACGGCAGGCGGCUGGACGACUUCAGAGAUGUGAAGAUCAGUUUCGGCAGCGACUGGGGGUGCUGCCAGGUGUCUCUCAGGGAAACCAAGGUGCUGGCGCAGGUGUCGUGCGACGUGGCCGCCCCCAAGGCCACCCGCCCCAACGAGGGCCUGGUGCACCUCAACGUGGAGCUGAGCCCCAUGGGGGCGCCCCACUUCGAGACGGGCCGCCUGUCCGAGCUGGGCGUGCAGCUCAACCGCCUGCUGGAGAAGUGCCUCAAGGACUCCAAGUGCGUGGACCUUGAGUCGCUCUGCAUCGUGGCCGAGGAGAAGGUGUGGAACCUGCGCGUGGACAUCCACGUGCUGAACCACGAGGGGGGCCUGGUCGACGCGGCCUCGAUCGCAGCCCUCGCCGCCCUCAACCACUUCCGUCGUCCGGACGUCACCAUGGACGGGGAGCAGGUGGUGAUACACGACCCGUCCGAGAGGGACCCCCUGCCCCUGACGCUUCACCACCAGCCCGUCUGCAUCACCUACGCACUGUUCGACAACCUGGAGGAGGUGGUGGCAGACCCCACGCAGCUGGAGGAGCGGGUGUCGCAGGCCCAGGUGGUGCUGGGCAUGAACUCGUACCGGGAGCUGUGCGGCGUGCACCUGGGGGGCAGCGCCCUGGCCUCGGACAGCACGGUGUGGCAGUGCUCCGUCAAGGCUGCCUCCCGCGCCGCCCACGUCGUCGCCUCGCUCAAGGAGGCUCUGGCCAGGGACCUGCGGCUCAGGGCGCGGGGAGAGUUGGCGGGCCUGGCGGAGUGCGUGCGGCAGCCCAGCCUCCUGUCGCUCACGCAGGACCGCCUCAGCCUGUGUCUGGACAGGGAGCUGCUCAGGAGGAAGGCCUCAGGCAUGACGUCGAGGCAGGUCCCCGACACGGAGCGUGACGAGCCGGUGGUGGUGGCGCUGGGCGGUGCGUCGGCGGAGCUGCUGCCGGCGUCCCUGGCGGCGGCGAGCGUGGGCGACGGGGGACGCAGCAAGUGGGAGACCCGCUCGGGCGCCAGCGACGGUGCAGAGGAGGAGGAGGUGAAGUUCCGCGCGCCCUCCCACGUCGACCCGGACCUGGACGACUCCGGCUCCGACCCCGACCCCGGCUCCGGCUCCGGCGAGGACGAGGGCAGCGACGACGUCGAGGUGAUCCGCGAGGUCAGCUUCCAGGAGAAGCUGCAGCAGGUGGAGAACAUCGAUCUACUGGACAGCGACGAAGAGGAGACUGCAGUGGUCACCAGCUCGUUCAGUGGCGCGAAGGAGCAGAGCCCACGCAAGAAGAAGCAAGCCCCCAAGCAAAAGGAAGUCGCGGAAAAAUCGCGAUCGUGGUACCCUCAGCAGAGCCCGUGGUGAGCGUUGUGUUUGUGUUUUCCAAAGUUGUCAGCGUGAAACGUGUUAAAAAGUUGUGAUGGACUUCCUUGUUAUACAGAUUAAAGUGGUGUGUUGAGACAAAAAA